AUGUCUCGCCAAAGCACUCAGCUGGUCAGCGGCUGGACCUUUAGGCAGCAUCAGGGUCCUUCGACAGAAUGGUUGCCGGUGGAAAAAGUGCCGACGCAGGUUCACACGGAUCUGCUGGCCAACAAAAAGAUCCCAGAUCCCUUUGUGGACCUGAAUGAGCGUGCAGUCCAGUGGAUUGGCGACAAGGACUGGGAGUACCAAGUGACAUUUACUCCCGACGCCGUGGAGGGUGAAAAUGUGACAAGAGACCUGGUAUUCAGCGGCCUCGACACCUUUGCCACCGUCUAUCUCAAUGACGAAAAAGUGCUGGAAACGGAAAAUAUGUUUGUGUCAUAUCGUGUAAACGUCACAGACGGCAUCAAAGCCGGGUCCGACAAUACCCUCCGUAUCGUCUUCCACUCCGCCAUUGUCAGAGGUGAAGAGCUCAUCAAGGAGCAUGGCCAUGAGCACAAUUUCUACGUCCGACAGACCGAGAGAAGUCGUGUCCCGGUACGAAAAGCCCAGUACAACUGGGGUUGGGAUUGGGGCCCAAUUCUCAUGACGGCUGGACCCUGGAAGCCCGUCACUCUCGAGACAUACGUUGCGAGAAUUGACGAUGUCUGGGCUCAGAGCGAGGUUAGCGAGGAUCUAUCAUCUGUCUCAGGAUCCAUUUUCGCUCGUGUAGCUGGCGUUCCGAACCAAGAUGCUCAAGUCUCGGUGGCCCUGUCAUUAGAUGGCCAGACGGUGUUCCAGCAGUCAGUAGAUGCUUCCUUGGCCAAAGAUGGACUGAUCAGGGUUCCAUUUAAGCUUGAGACGCCCAAGCUCUGGUAUCCAAUGGGAUACGGAAGCCAGCCUCGCUACCUCCUCGACGCCAAGCUCCACCACAAGGCUUCUGGUGCCAAAGAAAUCGACAGCCAGUCCAAGUCGAUUGGAUUCCGUCGCACCGAGCUAAUCCAGGAGCCAGACGCUCACGGCAAAUCAUUCUACUUCCGCAUAAACAACGUCGAUGUCUUUGCUGGCGGCUCAUGUUGGAUUCCUGCCGACAGCUAUCUUGCUGGUGUGCCAGCAGAGCGAUAUUACGAAUGGGCCAAGCUCAUGGCAGAGGGCAACCAAGUCAUGCUACGAGUCUGGGGAGGCGGUGUCUACGAAGAGGAUGCGCUUAUCGAAGCUUGUGACCAGUUUGGCAUCUUGGUGUUCCACGACUUUCAGUUCGCUUGCGCUUCUUAUCCUGCCUACCCGUCUUAUCUGAAGACUCUGGAAGAAGAGGCGAGGCAGCAGAUUCAACGCCUGCGGACGCACCCCUCCGUGAUUGCUUGGGCGGGCAACAAUGAGGAUUACCAGGUCCAGGAGAGAUACAGGCUCGACUAUGACUUUGAGAACAAGGACCCCGAGUCGUGGCUCAAGUCUUCGUUCCCCGCGCGGUACAUUUAUGAGCAUCUCCUGCCGACUUGGGUUGAGCAAGAAGACCCGGGCAAGAUUUACCACCCAAGCAGUCCCUGGGGCGAUGGCAAGCCCACGGCCGACCCAACUGUUGGCGACAUUCAUCAAUGGAACAUCUGGCAUGGAACUAUGAACAAAUACCAAGAGGCCGCCAACAUGGGAGGCAGAUUCGUCAGUGAGUUUGGCAUGGAAGCAUAUCCUCAUCUCAGCACCACGCGUCGCAUGGCCAGCGACCCGGCGCAGCUAUACCCCGGCUCCAUGGUCCUCGACGCCCACAACAAGGCUAUCGGUCACGAACGCCGCAUGAUCAGCUAUGUCGUCGACAACUUCCGGCCCCGACUCGAUCUCGGCGGCUACACUCACCUGACGCAGAUCGUCCAGUCAGAGACAAUGCGUGCCGCUUACAAGGCCUGGCGACGACAAUGGGGCAAGCCCGGAGCCAGACAAUGCGGCGGCGUUCUCGUAUGGCAGCUCAACGACUGCUGGCCAACCAUGUCGUGGGCCGUGGUGGACUACUAUCUCAUCAAGAAGCCGGCCUACUACGCCAUCUCGCGGGCAUUGCGCUCCGUCGACGUGGGCGUGCACAGGACGUUCCACGACUGGACGCAGACGGGAGACUGGGUCGACGAGAACUCGGGCCUCAUCACCGGCCAGGUCGACCAGACCCUCCCCGCCCGCAAGGGAACCUUUGACGUCUGGGUCGUCAGCAACGACACCAAGCCCGUCGAGCUGAGCCUCGUCGUGCGCUUCAUCUCCGUCCGCUCGGGCAAGGAUAUCGUCGACCCCAUCAAGUCCACAAUCACCGCCGCCGCAAACUCCACCACCGACGUCCUCCAGGGCAGGGCGCUCCCGCCGCCCUUCUCGUUGGCCGAGUACGACCCCUAUGUCGUGCACGCCGCCAUCACCGAUGCCUCUACCGGCGCGCUCGUCGCCCAAGAUACCGCCUGGCCCGACCCCAUCAAGUUCCUCGAUCUGUCCAACAGGGGCAUCUCGUUCGAGGUCUCGCCCGCAAAGGACGAGGUCGUCGUUUCGGCCGAGAAGCCCGUCAAGGGAUUCGUCUUUGAGGAGGUCGAGGGCUUGAAGCUGAGCGAUAACGGCUUCGACAUUGUGCCGGGCGAGAAGCACACUGUCAAGGUGGAGGGUGCUUUGACGGCGGACCAGCUGCUGUGGACGUGUAUUGGCGCCCCUGAGGCGUCGUUGCCGAUAUCUGGAGCGUCUUCCUCGCUGCCACUUCGAUAG